ACCAUUUUUGUGUUGAUUUUGAUGUUUGUUUUGGAUCAUUGUCCUGCUGGAAGAUCCAACCACGGCCCAUUUGAAUCUUUCUGGCAGAGGCAGUCAGGUUUUCAUUUAAUAUCUGUUGAUAUUUGAUAGAGUCCAUGAUGCCAUGUAUCCUAACAAAAUGUCCAGGUCCUCUGGCAGAAAAACAGCCCCAAAACAUUAAAGAUCCACCUCCAUAUUUAACCGUGGACAUGAGGAACUUUUCCAUAUGGCUACCUCUCUGUGUGCUCCAGAACCACCUCUGGUGUUUAUUGCAAAAAAGUUCUAUUUUGGCUUCAUCUGACCAUAGAACCCGAUCCCAUUUGAAGUUCCAGUAGUGUCGGCACACUGAAGACGCUCGAGUUUGUUUUUGGAUGAGAGUAGAGGCUUUUUUCUUGAAACCCUUCCAAACAACUUGUGGUGAUGUAGGUGACUUCGGAUUGUAGUUUUGGAGACUUUCUGACCCCAAGACACAACUAACUUCUGCAGUUCUCCAGCUGUGAUCCUCGGAGAUGUUUUAUCCACUCGAACCGUCCUCUUCACAGUGCGUUGAGACGAUAUAGACACACGUCCAAUUCCAGGUCGAUUCAUAACAUUUCCAGUGGACUGGAACUUCUUAAUUAUUGCCCUGAUGGUGGAAAUGGGCGUUUUCAAUGCUUGUGCUAUUUUCUUAUAGACACGCCCCAUUGUGUGAAGCUCAACAACCUUUUGCCGCACAUCUCAGCUACAUUCCUCGCUCUUACCCAUCGUUAUGCACGACUAAGGGAAUUUGGCCUAUGUGUUACCUCAUAUUUAUACCCCUGUGAAACAGGAAGCCAUGAUUGAACAACUUCCUGUUCCUAGUCACCCAGGUGUACUAAAAAUUUUUAAAUAUCAAUGGGAAUAUAUUUCAAAUAUAUUUUCGCAUAUGAAUUCAUAGGGGUGCCAAUAAUUGUUACACAGCUAUAUUUAACAAAGAUUUUAUUAAUCAGUUGAGGUAGCCACUCAACUGAUUUUGCUUUGGAAAUCGCUAUGUUGGGCCUCCGAGCAAACCUGGCAGUGAUGGGUCUCCAAACCUGAGCAAUAACAUGAUUCCGUGAGAGGCCCCAGAUCCACACCCAAGGACCAUUUGGACCAUAAAACAAGAGAUCCUGUCGAGAUGGCACCACCAUAGUUUAACUUUAAGGUCGCAAAGGGGCAGAGAAAGAGCAGAAUCCCCUUGGAAUGAGACCUUUGAACUCCCUUGUGGAAACAGGACUAAUACAGAUGCAUCUCAAAAAACACAGAGACUCGUUUCCCAUAUUGAAGCGUGUUCGAUUGCUAAACAACGCCUACUCAGGCCUGAGACUAACCUUAUUACCACUUGACGAAAUCACUCCGUUUUUAAAAUAAUGAAUUUGAACGUUCUCCUCCGGGUACUCCGGUUUCUUCCCCAGUCCAAAGACACGAGUUGUAGGCUGAUUGGGAUUUCCGAGUUGUCCGUAGUGUGUGAAUGGGUGUGUGUGUGUGUGUGUGUGUGUGUGUGUGUGCGCGAUUGUGCCCUGCGAUGGGUUGGCACCCUGUCCAGUGUGUCCCUUGCUAUGUGCCCUGAGUUCCCUGGGAUAAGCUCCAGGCUCCUUGCGUCCCUGUGUAGGAAAUUCAGCAUGGAAAAUGAAUGGGUGGAAGUGUAGAUUCCACCGUUUCAACACUGUAAAAUGAUGUUGGUAAAUUAAGAGCGUCUCUACUCCUAACUUCUAGUAAGGAUGCUAUUUAUAUGGCUAAUUACACUAGCGGAACUGCUAAAUGAUUUGGGUGAUUGGGAUAUACUGUACUAUCAUCUUACCCCCUCACCUUUUUAAUAGUUAUUAUUAUUAUUAUUAUUAUUAUUAUUAUUAUUAUCAGAAAAAAAGAAGUGAUAUUAACUUUGUUCAUGUUUAAGUCUGCUUUUUUUCCCCCCCUACAGUUUGAUAUGCACAUGCCUGUUUGUACAUGUUCAGUAUAUAUCAUAAUAAACGAAUUCUAAAGAGAGGCGGAAGAGACGCAGGUUUCUGAUUGGCUGUGUGCUUGGGGGGGGGACGCGACGCAGUUUCAUAGGCUGAGCGGUCUGUCAGUCUUUGUUCCGCAGGUAGAGGAAGUGUUACAUCACCAAAUGCAUCCACAGGCCGAAAUUUAAAGGUAAGAGCUCGUCGCUAUGACAACUCAAAUGACAUAGCAUUGCAAACGCUUUAUUUAUUUAUUUAUUUAUUUAUUUAUUAUUUAUUUAUCAAGCUUUGAAAGCGUUCAAUUCGCUAACAGGACACGUUUAAAUGUCGUAUUUUGAGCUUGGCGCGUGAUGGAUGAGAAUCAGCUGCUAUACUUGUUAGCCACCGUUGCUAGCUAGCAUCGCGCUAAAUCUGCAGAGCUGAAUGAACGUUUACAUUUACAGUUAGGAAUUAGCGCAUAAAGUGAACCCAUAUAAACACCCCUCAGGAUGACGAGUUUCUUAUUUUAUUUUAUUUUAUUUUAUUUUAUUUUAUUUAAUUUUUUUAUUUUGCGUCGUGAGAGUUAUAUAAGACUGCAGAUCGUUGGCUCAGAGCGAACCCCGAACAGAAGAUGACUCAGAUGGACCUCCUGGUCAGCAACGUGGCCGAGCUUUUGGCUACGGCCGUGCACGAGGUCCUGCGUCUGAUGGGUCAGGCCGUGUCCGAGUACCGCGACGAGUCGGCCAGGAUUCGGCAGGAGAACCAGAAACUGCAGCGCACGCUCCAGGAGCUCCAGAACAGCCUCCAGAUAUCAGACGCAGUGCAGCAGGUCUCGUCCUCCGUAGCCGCAGAAGAGCCGCUCUACGAGUCCCACCGUGCGCGAGUGCCGGACUGUCAUUCGGAACGAGAGCCGGUCGAGACGGAAGAGAACGAGGAAGCGGAUUCCUACAAGCCGUCUUUCGAGGAGGAGAAACCGAGCGCGCUGCACCUGAGAGCGGAAACGCGAGAACCGGACGACUCGUGCGACUUGUCUCAUAAGAGGAGGAGGAGCUUCUCGAGCUCGAGGAGCCGAUCGGCUUCACCCGAAGCGCCGGGAGUCUUAAACGCCAUCAAAACGGAAUCGACGUCCGACUUUCCCGAGCGUUCGCUAUCAGAUCAGACCGAAAACGCGAACACCGACGCGCACCUCCACCUUCCCUAUUACCUGGUCCACGUCAAUCCCGCCCACGUCACCUGGGACGCGUCCGUUCCGCCGCGCGCAGAGAACGCGGCGGACGCCGGCGGUCCGUUCGGCGUCACCGUGCGGCGAGAGAACUCGCACGCCUGUCACGUGUGCGGAAAGUCGUUCGCGACCGCCUCCAGCCUGGGCGCGCACUUCGUCUGCCACUCGGGCGAAAGACCGUUCGCCUGCGAGCGCUGCAAGUUCAGGUUCAGCCGUUUAGCCGAUCUGAAGAAACACGAGCGCAUCCACACGGGGGAGAAGCCGUACAACUGCGCGCUCUGCGGGAGGAGGUUUAACCGCACAGAGAACCUCAGACGCCACCUGAGGAAAGUCCACCACGGAGCUCUGCUUUAGCCGCCCGAGCUUACUGACGAAACUCUCCGCUUUUAUUUAUACGCUGCAGUUUUUCAUACACCGUAACCAUAACAACACUACCCCCGAGUCCUAGCUCCUACAGGCUACCUACCCAGUUUCAUUAUUAGUAGUAGUAGUAUUAAUAAUACAUUUAUUUUUUUUUAGAUUUAGUGCUAGAAAAUGAAGAGUCGUGCUCGUGAGCCUCGUCGAUGACGUUGACAUUGAAGUAUCUCAAACUCCUUAUAUACAACCUUUCAGCCAGCGCCCUGUGUUGGACUCCAUAUUGUUCCCCCACUCGGUUUGUCCUCCGCAGCUCUCUCUACCACACCGACCGCAGUCUAACUGAUUUCAACUCUCGACCCGUUUAAACUGUUGCGCUCCUUCCUGCAUGGUGUUGGUUAUAGAGUAUACGCUCAUAUAGAUUCUCUUUUUCUUUAGAUUUUAGUUUUACAGUCUUCUGAAAAAAAAAAUAAAUAAACAAAUUUCUUCUUUUUUUUAUUUUUUUAUUUUUUAAAAACCACCUGCCUUAAUUAAUUCAUUUAUUUGGUCUUCCACUUGUGAAUGUGUAAUUAAACUGAAGUCCAAAGGGUCCAGAAGUGACCCGACCAGCAUCGCAGCAUUAAUCCAACACCGUAGCGCAGGCUCGGGCUUUCCGACAGGACCCUAUAAUAUCCGGAUCGACAUGUCACCCGUGUCGUCAUAUCGCUUUCCUUAUUUAUUUAUUUUUUUAAAAAAUUACAAUUUGAUGAUGAAUCAGUGCGAAAAUGAUCUUUAAGCAAGUAUAUCCAUAUAUAUAUAUUCACGAUAACAAAUAAAAGACCAUUAAGCCUAUUUCUAGACAUAUUUACUCAUUUCUGUUCUGUUGGCAGAUCUCAUUUAGUGUCUUUCUAGUAAUAGACGAAUAAGCAAAAUGAUCUGCUGACGGAAUACGAUUCCAAGCCUCGGAUGAGUCGGAUUGUUAAGAAGUAGGUUCACUGGUCGUAUAUUUGUUUAAAAACAUUCUAAUAAAGAGAAAGAUCAGUUGGCUGUA